AUGAAGUUGUCUCUUCUGGUCCUUGCAUCUCUCGGCAGCCUCGCCUCUGCGAGUUUCGCCAAAACCUGUGUCGAUAUCCAUUUGUUCCAUUGGUAUCUCGGGGCACGAUGCAGGGUCGGGGGCGAACCUGGCACCCGCCAGACUUCGAUAGACUUGAACUACUGCUUCAUGAAUGACAAUGGACGGAUCGUGCCUAAGUCAAGGGGCUUUUUCUGGAACUCGUGCAAAGGUUGUACACUACGGCCGGGAGCCAAGUUGUUAUGCAAGUGUCGGCAACGAAAUGGCAAGUGGAUGUUCAACGAAAAUGAUCUGACAUAUAUUUCGAAUAACUAUGGACGUCUCCAAUGCGGUGACCAGAGGGGAAAAUUCUCACUCGAGGGUUCGGACGACUAUGGGACGCUAUUGAACAAUGGGACCGUGUUGAACAACGGAACAAUGGCGAACAACGCUACAAAUGUGACAUCCGGUCAUUAG